AUGAGCACCUCUGGACUGCCGCCCGCCGACAAUUCGCUACUGGUAGUUUCGCUAGCCGAGCUCAGCGAAGCCGGUACAGCAAUCCUGCUCCAGCAUUUCCACCAAGCACUCCCAAACACCUCAAUCCAACACUGGCACCCAACGCUCGCCGAGCGACAAUCCGUCGCCGCGCAAGGCCCGUACCCCGACAGCCAAGAGAAUCUAUAUGGCGUAGCGAUUCUCGCCCGGCGAUCGGGGUGGACGGGGUUCGUCGUGGCAGACGGCCUGGCCAACCGGCAGGCGCACGGCAGCGCGUGCGGGGGCGAGAAUGCCCAGGUCUCGGUGGUAAUGGUGGCCGUGAGACCGGCCGAGCAAGAUCAUAGUACUGGCAGCAGGAGGAGCAACCAAGACCGGGUUCGCGUCUUUGCGCAACGCACGACGGGUGCGGCCGAGGAGAACUCGGGGCUUCUGGACGCGCUUCGCUCGUUUACCGUGUCCCACACUUCGGUUGGGGAUCGUCUGGCUCGGUAUGGUGAUUUGCAUAUGCAGCACGGGUUGGAGCUCCAUGAUCCGGACCGCGGUGUGUUUGUGCCGGGCACGGUCAAGUCGCUGGGCUGUGAGGAGCUCGGGGGGGUUGUUGGUGCAGAGGGUAUGUGUACUUGA